GAGCCUGGCUAUGCAAUUUGCAUCUUUCCUUUAAGCAAACACCUUCUAGGAGAGUAGGAAAUGUAACCCUGUUCUGGGGAUUUUUCCUGUCAUUGCUGGCUGCUCUUUUUGCAGUCACGCCAGCAUCCUUGCAAUAAGUGCCACAACCGCGCGCUCUAUCAGUGUCAUUUUACUUAGUGAGUUGUCCCCCUUUUGUAAAAAAAUACUGAAUGGCCUCAAGGAACGGUGUUCAGGUGUAUAGUUCUGACCUGGUCUCGCUACAUCAUCAUAGCCACCACUACCAGCAGCAGCAGCCUGUGAAGAAUACAUAUAAGGAAGGCUCGAAAAAAGAUGGGACUGUGGAUUCCUAUUGGUCCAGGCCCGAAUCUCGAAUCUGGACUGUGAUGUUACUGCUUGGGACUUGUUUACUCUACUGUGCCAGGGUGACCAUGCCUAUCUGUGCUGUGGCCAUGAGCAGCCACUUCGACUGGGACAAGAAACAGUCCGGCAUUGUUCUGAGCAGCUUUUUCUGGGGCUACUGCUUAACUCAGAUCAUCGGAGGGCACCUCAGUGAUCGGAUCGGAGGAGAAAAAGUCCUUCUCCUCUCUGCAUCUGCCUGGGGUUUCAUCACCGCAAUCACUCCACUGCUCACCUAUAUCAGUUCUGCCCACCUGAUUUUCAUGACAAUUGCUCGAUUCCUCAUGGGACUACUGCAAGGAGUGUACUUCCCUGCCUUGGCCAGCCUCUUUUCUCAGAAGGUCUGUGAGAGUGAGCGAGCUUUCACGUGCAGCACAGUAGGGACUGGCUCUCAAUUUGGGACGCUGGUGAUUGGUGGGGCAGGGUCCCUCCUUCUGGACUGGUAUGGCUGGGAAAGUGUCUUCUAUUUCUCUGGUUUACUCACUUUGCUCUGGGUUUACUGCAUGUGCAAAUACCUCCUGAAUGAAAAAGAACUCAUCAUUCACUUAGAACAUUUAGCAAAGGGCCUCUCGUUAUCCAAACAGACCAAAGUUCCCUGGAAGCAGUUAUUUAAAAAGGCCCCUAUCUGGGCUGUCAUAGUAGCUCAGCUUUCUACGGGCAGCACAUUUUUCACCCUCCUCUCCUGGUUGCCAACUUUCUUUAAGGACACUUUUCCCGAGUCUAAGGGCUGGGUGUUUAACGUAGUGCCAUGGCUGGUUGCAAUCCCAACAAGUCUGUUUAGCGGAUUCCUGUCUGAUCACCUGAUCAAUCAGGGCUAUAAAACGAUCACCGUUCGUAAGUUCAUGCAGGUCAUCGGAUCAGGCGUAUCAAGCAUUUUUGCCUUGUGCAUGGGUCAGACAUCCAGUUUUUGCAAAGCUAUAGUAUUUGCAUCUGUCUCAAUUGGACUUCAGACCUUUAACCACAGUGGCAUUUCAGUCAACGUUCAGGAUCUGGCUCCGUCGUGUGCUGGUUUGUUGUUUGGCGUUGGAAAUACAGGUGGAGCCCUAUUAGGUGUCGUUUGUGUGUAUUUAGCCGGGCAUCUGAUUGAAACCACUGGUUCUUGGGUUUCUGUUUUCAACCUUGUGGCUACAGUUAAUGCCCUGGGGCUCUGUACAUUCCUGAUCUUUGGCGAGGCCCAAAGGAUGGACACAGACUCUGCAUAUGUAGAUCUAUAG